UUUGACCAAUGAAAUGGUUCAGCGUUUUUCAAUGAAAAGUAUCCGUUAAUUGCUACUUGGUAAGGGAUUUCCCAGGUGUUCCCACUAUUUUGCUAUAAAAGAUUGAUCGCGAGAAGCGGAACUGCGUAUGCUGAACUAUCGUGUCAGGCGGAGGUAGUAUUGUGGUUUCAGCGAUUAUUCAAGAUAUUCUUCAACGCAUCUGUAUCAUUGAUAAGGUCGAGACACCGAAGCACUUGAGUCAAACAUCAAAUUCGUCUCAGAAAUAACGAACGAAAAUGCCGAAGAAGGGUAAAAAACGGGACUGGGUUGACUCAGAUAGAAAAGCACCAGGGAAAAAGAAGCACCGUACUCAGGAAGAAGCUCCAUCAACUUCCAGUACUGGCCCUACUACAAGUGGACAACAGUCUUCACAACAAAAACAAACUCCACAGACUUCAAAACUUGAGGAACAAGAUACCCAACAGCGGCAAAAACAACAGAAGCAGCAGCAGCAGCAACAACAACUACCAGAACACCAACAGCAACCACAACAACCACGAAAAUGGGGUCCUCCACGCCCACAACAAGCUGCGCCACGCCAAAUAUCUGAACCAGGAAGUCUUUCACAUCCACAACAAAUUCCAAUACAACAGUUUCCAUCACCACAACAAGUACCACAACCACAGACAUGGGGUUCUCCACGUUCGGGACAACUUACAACGCCACAGCAGCAGCAAUUUAGACUACAACAGGCAAAUCAACCGCCAGUACAGCCUUCAACUCAACAUCAAACUUUCCCACAGUAUGUGCAGCAACAACCACAAGUGCAACCUCCACCACAAUUACAACAGAUGCAACCAAUGUGGGUUCGUCCGUCACAAAUACCUUCACAGCAAUCACAACCGGUACAAUCAGCGUGGGUUCGUCCGCCACAAGCACCUUCACAGCAAUCACAACCGGUACAAUCAGCGUGGGCUCGUCCGCCACAAGCACAGCAAGUACCUCCACAGCAAUCACAGCAAGUACCUCCACAGCAAUCAGCGUGGAUUCGUCCGUUGCAAGUAGCACAACCUCCACAGCAAGUGCCACAAGUACCACUUCAGCAACCACUUUCAUAUCCAUCAACGUCAGGCCGACAGGCCGCGGGUGCUGGAGAUGAUGGAUUAAAAGGAAAGGUUACAUCACCUACAUCUGUAACUGAAAAGUUGUCAAAAGUUGCUAUAUGGGAGACCAAAAGUAAAUCAAAUAUGACUGAAAAAGAUCUCAAUAUACCACGGAGACCAAAUCCUUUAAAAGCUGGAAAUGUAGGACAACGAGUGAUAGUUUUAACAAACAUGUUUGAAAUCGUGUUUAAGCCAAACUUUGUAGACAAAGCUGUGCAUUAUGACGUAAAAGUUGUUCCUACCGAUACGACUAAGAGGCUGCCAAAGAAAGAUGAAUCUACAGUGAAACUUGAAGUAAAAAAUAAAGUUUUACUUAGAAAGAUAUUUGAACAAUUUAGAUCCGAAAACUUUCGUGAUAGAUAUCCAGCGUUUGAUGGAAAGGCAAAUGCAUUUACUGCAAACGAUUUGCCUUUUUCAAAUACAUUUGUUAAGGAAAUUAACUUCUAUGACGAAGAAAAAGAAGAACACAGGACGUUUGAAGUCACUUUAAACAAAGCAGGUAUUGUCGAUCUUUCCUGGAUAAAACAUAUGAGACCUGGUAUCGAUGAAACUGUUAUUAAUAAAACUGCUAUACAAGUUUUGGACAUUAUCUUACGUCAUGCACCAUCGUCAAGACUUAUAAAUGUUGGACGAUCACUUUUCCCACCGGGAGAUAAUAGACGAGUGAAGGCAUUAGGCAGUGGAUUAGAUCUACAUGUUGGUGGAUAUUUAUCCGCCGUAAUUGGCUGGAAACCUUAUUUAAAUAUAGAUGUCUCUCAUAAAGCUUUCGCUACAUCACAGACCAUUUUGGCUUUAAUGUGCGAACUAUGUAACUUGGUUAAUAAUCAGAUAAAUGUGCGAGCAGUGUAUGACAAUAUAAACAAAAUUAGCAAAUUUUUGGCUGGUUUAAAAGUGAAUUAUGCAAUACCUGGUCAACCUAGCACCAAGCGAACAUUUCGCGUAAAUGAAUUAGGCCCCGAUGCUACGCAAUAUAAAUUUGAGGUAAAUGGAAAGAUGUAUACAAUACAGGAAUAUUACGCCAAUAUCAAGAAUUAUAAAAUAAUAUGGCCAAACCUCCCUUGCCUUUGGGUAGGUAAGAGAGAUGGGAAAACCUAUUUGCCAGCAGAAUUGUGUAGCAUCGUAGCUGGUCAAGCUAUUAACAGAAAGCUGGAUGAAUCGCAAACUACUCAAAUGAUUCGAUACGCAGCUACGGACACAGAUGAACGUAAAACCAAAAUUAUAACAGCGUGUAGGGGAAUUAAUGUGAAUAAUAGUCCAGUUAUGCAAAAGGAGUUUCUUUUGAGUAUCAGUACCGAAAUGAAAGAAGUCGAAGCUAGAAUCUUACCUCCUCCGGAACUUUUAUACGAUCGAGCAUCAGUGCAAGUAAGAAAAGGAGUUUGGCGUGCCAAAAGAUUUAAUACGCCUGCGAUGUUAGAAGAUAAUACAUGGACUAUCGUCAAUACUUGCCCACAGAAUAUGGACAAUAAAAUACCUGAUUUUGUGCAGAUACUACAGGACCAGGCGAAUAUUGUUGGUAUGAGAAUAGGAAAACCGCAAUUGCCAUACUUAAAAGUGAGACCAGUACCGUUCGAAAUUGAAAAACUCUUUAUGGAGAAAAAGAAUUUGAAAUUAAUAUUUGUUAUUUUACCAAAUCACACAGACGCAGUCUAUGGUAAGGUGAAAAAAAUUAGCGAAUUGAGAGUAGGUGUAUUGACUCAAUGUGUAAAAAUAAAAAAUGUGUAUUCUACUAAUUCUUCGACGGCACAUAAUAUCCUUCUAAAAGUGAAUUCAAAAUUAAAUGGUAUUAAUCAUACGUUUACUUCAAGGACAAUGCCAUAUUGUUUGCGUGAUACAAAUUAUAUGCUUAUUGGUGCUGAUGUUAGCCAUCCGUCUCCCGAUGCCAAAGAUAUACCUUCUGUAGCUGCGGUCGCUGCAAGUCAUGAUGAAACUACCUUCAAAUAUAAUGUCACAAUUAGACUUCAACAGGCAAAGCAGGAAGAAAUAGCCGAUCUGAAAGAAAUAAUGUUGAAGCAUAUUGUGUUUUAUGUGAAUGAAAUGAAAAGAGUACCAAAAAGAAUUUUCUUUUAUCGGGACGGUGUAAGUGAAGGUCAAAUCGCAAUGGUUUUGGACAAGGAAAUAAGAAGCAUUAAAGAAGCAUGUAUAGAAUAUGCACGCACAAGACGCGAUUUCAAACCCGAGCUUACCUUCGUGAUUGUUCAAAAGAGACAUCACGUGCGCAUUUUCCCGAAAAAUCCUAACGAAACGGACGACAGAAACAAGAAUGUGAGAGCCGGCACGAUAGUUGACACUGAAAUUACUCAUCCUAAUCAUAUUGAUUUUUAUUUGGUAUCACAUGCGAGUAUUCAGGGUACAGCAAGACCUACGAAAUACAGAUGUAUUUGCAACGAAAGUAAUUUCAAUGAGAAUCAACUCGAAGAGUUGACGUAUCAUCUUUGCCAUAUGUAUGCACGCUGUACAAGAUCGGUGAGCUAUCCAGCUCCAACUUAUUACGCUCAUUUAGCUGCAUAUCGUGGGAGAAUGUGGAUACAAGGAGAUCGUUAUACUGAUAACGACUUUCAAGAUAAAGCUAAGUGCAAAUUGGAACCAAUACUACAACUUCCAAUGUCGUUUGUUUAAGUAUAAUUAAGUAUACACGUAAUCCAAAUUCUUUAAAUAUUAAGGACUUAGCAUAGGAUUUGGAAGAUACACAUUUAUAUAAUACUUAUAUAAUGGAUUAAAAUACAUGAUUUUCUUCUCUUA